UCUUUUCUUUUUGUCUUUAUUAUAAUAAAUUUAAAGUUAAACUUUUAUCUCCCUUAGCUUCUUUUUACACUGUAGUGUUUGAGCUUUUAAAUCACUGUUUUCAUCAAAUUCCAAUAUUUUUCUACAUUUCCCCCUCAAUGAAACAUUCAUAUUGUAGCGUGCUCUCCCUAGUUUCUCUCCCUAUAAUACGAGUCCGGCUCUCUGCACUUAUGGUAAGUGGCGGGCACAGUAACAUAACUCGGCCCUCAGAAAAAGCUGGAUCACCACGGUCUCGGCUCGGCUGUAUCUACUGGAUACCCGGCUGUCUCGGCUGGAAACCACGCUGGCAAGUCGUCUCGGCUAGGAACCCGGCUGGCUGGCUGGCAGGUCGUCUCGGCUAGAAACCCGGCUGGAAAGUCGUCUCGGCUGGCGGGUCGUCUCGGCUGGAAAGCAAAAUCUCUCUAGUGUGAGAGCACACCUCGGUUAGCCUCAUCGGCGUAUUACCAUGCAGGUCGAGAGAAUCCUCUAGUAACUACAGAGCUUCGGUACUGAGAGCCGUGGUGAAUCUGACACUGGAAGUAUCUGACUGCCGCAUUCUGCUUCUACACCCCCUUUUAUAUGGGCGUGUGCCAUAUUUGAUUAUAGAAACACAUUUAAAGAUCAACUUACCAGGAUGUGAGGCUUUAUAGUUCUAUUAUUUGCCAUUACAACCCAUUCAAAAACAGGACUUGAAAGAGUCAACAAGACUAGGCGCUUCCUUCGACGGCCAUAUUCUACUUCUACCAGAGGGGAAUAACCAUCAAGUCUGCGUAAAAUGAGAACGUACAUUUGGAUACCAAUGAUGGUUUGGAUAGCGGUGACGAAAGAGGCAGUUACCUGUACAUGCCAAAAAUUUGAAAGAGCAGAUUGCUGUUGUCCACAUCCAGACUGUGCCUCCAUCUAUCGGUCGGGAGUACAUCAGAGCGGCGUUUACUGGCUCAGACCGUAUGAUAACAAAGGAGGGUUCUGGGCGUAUUGUGACAUGUUGACUGACGGGGGCGGAUGGACGGUGUUCCAGAGACGCCAAGAUGGUUCCGUUGACUUUUUCCGUGACUGGGAGGCAUACAAAGAAGGAUUUGGAUAUCCCAAUAGUGAACACUGGCUCGGCAACGAGUUCCUCCACCGCUUGACGGGACAGAGGGUGUACGCUUUGAGAGUAGACUUGAGAGACGGUAACGGUACCGAAGCCUACUCAAAGUCCUCCCUCUUUAAAAUCAGCGAUGAGGCUGGGAAAUACACGCUUACACUGGGGGACUACUCGGGAACGGCCGGCGGUCCCUUGUCUGGUAACGGGGCCGCGUUCAGUACGAAGGACCGGGACAACGACGUUUAUAAUCAAAACUGUGCUUCGAUCUUCAAAGGCGCAUGGUGGUACACAAAAUGCCAUUCUUCUAACCUGAAUGGGCACUACUACAACGGACCGCACGACUCCUAUGCUGAUGGUGUGAAUUAUCAGCAGUUCAGAGGGUACCAUUACUCGCUUCCAUUCACUGAGAUGAAGAUACGCCCAUCUGAUUUUUGAAAUUAUUAUGCUCUGUACUGUAUACUUUCAAUACGAAAAAUUAAAUAGGCACUUGCUCUGUGUUGCGAAACAACCCUAUUUUUAAUCAUUAAUAUCCAAUUAUGUUUUCUUCAAACCUGAUGUUGUCUCAUACUAAACGUUGCACCCCCCUCCCCCAUCUCAAAAACCAUCCCUGGCCUUUCAGUUAAAUAUUUUAAUAUUUAUAUUAAAAUACUGCUAUGGCUAUAUCAUUAAAGCUCCCUUUUAAGCCACAGUAUAAUAUUAGUAUAUCAUGCGUCCACUCUUUUUUAUUUCUGCAGAAUGCCUAACGAUAAAAUAUCAAGCAAGAUUCUGCUACGAUUUUGUGGCCUUAUUUAGAAUUCAAAUCGGUUUAAACUGAGACUCUUCGAGGCAAAAACUGCUACAUGUAUUUUAUGCUUGAUGAAAUAAAGUUAUGAAAAGUAAU